UCUGGUUCGCGCAUGUUGGUCCAGCAGGUGACUGACUAUGCAACGUCACACCAAGCACGACUCUGGCUGUGCAGACCUUCCAUCCAUUCCUCAUUUGCCCUUGCUUCACGGCACCGCCCACAUCCGACUGCACAAGCUUUCCAGCAGCCGGUGUAGCAUCAGCUGUCGAGCGUACUGGGGGCUUGCAACCGGAAUUGCUUUGAGGUCUUUGUUUGCAGCUCACACACGAGCUCGUAGAAGCUAAAUACUGGCGUAAACCCAGUUAGAGCGGCAUCAUGGUGGUCCUCGCAGCUUCGAUUACGACGCGGGGCGGCAAGCCUGUUCUAUCGCGUCAAUUCUGCGAAAUGCCUCGUUCACGAGUGGAAGCGCUAUUGGCCAGCUUUCCCAAGCUGAUCUCAGCUGGUGCGCAGCAUACAUCCGUCGAGACAGAUGCGGUGCGCUACGUCUAUCAACCGCUUGAAGACCUCUACAUGAUCCUUAUUACCACCAAAUCCUCCAACAUUCUUCAAGACAUCGACUCCCUUCAUCUCUUUGCAAGGACCGUGGCAGACAUAUGCAGAGGGCACGACGAGCGCGAUAUCCUCCGGAAUUCAUUCGAGCUACUCGGGGCAUUUGAUGAGAUCGUCAGCCUGGGCUACCGCGAGAAUGUGAGCUUGGCUCAAAUCAGGUCGAUCAUGGAGAUGGAAUCCCAUGAGGAGAAGAUCCAAGAAAUCAUUGAGAGAAACAAAGAGAUGGAAGCGAAGGAAGAGCUGAAACGCAGGGCAAAGCAGCUCGAACUUCAACGGAGGGAGGCUACGAGGCGCGGAGGGUCAGGUGGCUUUGGAGGAAACAUUGGCGGCUAUCAAGGCGUGUCUGGGCGCUUCGAUGCUGCUCCAGUCCAGACCGCGCCGAUAGUGCGGGACACUGGCGCAACUCCGUCCGUACCUUCAGCCAAGCCAUUCAAGUCAAAAGGCAUGCAGCUCGGAAAGAAGAAGCCAGAUCUCCUUGGUGCGAUCGGCGUGGAUGCGUCCGAGGCUGGCCGAGAUGUGGAAAGCGCACAGCCCUUGCUUCCAGCUGCCGCCAGCGCAGCUGCUGCACCGACACGCGCUGUCGCAGCAGCCAGCGAUCCGCUGGAUCUGCUCCCACCAGUGGUACAAGAGAGUGUCCACCUGGUUGUCAAGGAGCGAGUGUCAAUGGAAGCCACUCGGGACGGCUCACUCUCCUCACUGGAGCUCAAAGGAGAUCUGGAGCUUCGCGUCACGGAUCCUUCUCUAGCAAAACUCAGGUUGCAAAUUGCGCCCGCGUCACCAUCUGCGUUGUUGGCAGAGGAAGGACUUUCAUACAAGACGCACCCGCACGUUGACAAAAAGGCGUGGUCAGACUCUCGUAUCAUCGCACUGCGCGACGUGAGCAAGCCUUUCCCAGUCAGGCAGAAUCUGGGUGUUCUGCGCUGGCGAGCGACUACCAAGGAUGAGACUGCCGUCCCUCUCAGCAUCAACUGCUGGCCAUCACCCGCUGGUGAUGGAAGUGGUGCGUGCGACGUCACAAUCGAGUACGAGCUCGAAGCAACACAACUAGCAUUGUCUCACGUCGUGCUGAGUGUCCCGCUGCCGGACGGCGUGCAACCUUCCAGCAUUGAGGCUGCGGAAGGAGCGCACGAGGUCGUAGACGAUGGCACGCAGACGGUGUUGCAGUGGAGACUGGACGAAGUUUCGAGUGACGUGGCGACUAGCGGUCAGUUGGAAUUCAGCGUCACGGAAGGCGCGGAAGAUGUUGGCAUCUUCUUCCCCGUGCGCGUCGACUUCGUGUCCCAGAAGACGAUGGCAGAAGUACAGGUGGACUCGAUCGUCUCCGCAGAGUCAGGCAUCGAAGUGGCCUUCUCGAGCCAGACAGUGCUCAGCGCCGAGAACUAUCUCGUCGUAUGAAGCGCUUACCGCCAACACCCUCUCGACAAGUCGGAGAGCUUGCUGACAGCAAAAUGCGAAGGGUCGUUGUUUUGCGGAUUUGCAAGACGCGAGCGGCUGCCCCUCUGCUUCUUUGUACAUCUACUCGCAAAUCGAUGAAGAGAAUGAACAAUUCGAGAAGAGAUCACGAAACUUUGCAC